AAGCCUUAAUUAUUAACAGGCAUCUGAUCUGAACAAGGCUCCUAACUCUGCAGUCUAAGGCUGUGAUUUGAUUCCUGACAACAUGUGGCUGACGGGUCUGAGAUUUGCUCUCCUGGUUUGGAUUCCUGGAGUGCUGCAUGCUGUGAACGAAGAGGAACCGUGCAGCGCUCCCGACCUGAAAAACGGUUAUUUUCUCCCGGUGCAAGAGUCUUAUGCUCAUGGCUCACAUGUAACAUACAGCUGUGAUACGGGAUACAAAACCACAGAGGAGGGAUGGUGGGCGACUAUCGUAUGUCAAGAUGGCGACUGGUCCGAUAAACCGGAGUGUGUUGUGGAGACAGUCUGCCUUCCUCCGGUAAUUCCAAACGGCAAAUUCAAGCGAAACCUAAACGGUUCGUUAGAAAUAAACUGCAACGCAGGAUAUUCGCUAAACGGCCAGGAUAACAUCGUGGAGUGCCACAGUGGGACGUGGUCCGCGGUGCCGUUCUGCCAGAAACACCCCAAGGCGUGCGACCAGCCACCAGCUGUCCCCAAUGCGGUCAUUAUUCAGACAUACCAGGAGGUGUUUGAUGCUUAUUCCACAGUGACGUAUCAGUGCAGAGAUGGAUUUCUCACACAGGACAGAGAGUCCACAACAACUGUCUCUUGUGAGGCUGGAAACUGGUUCGGAACUCCACGUUGCACUCGUCCUGCCAGAUCCGGAUCCACGGACACUCAGACUACUUUUGUAUCCAUCGAUCAUUGUGGAGAGAUCCCUCAUGUUCCAAACGGACUUCCUGUGCAACAGGACCAACGUUAUGUGAAAUACAAGUGUCAGAACUUUUACAAGUUAGUGGGUCCUGAAACAGUGGUAUGUCACAGAGGUGGGAGGUGGUCCGAAGUCCCCAAAUGUAAAGAGGACUUCUGUCUUCUGAACACUGCAGAAUAUCCUGAUCUGAUAAAUACUGGCAAUACAUUUAUCAGAAAUGGGGAAACAGAAUACCCGAAAUGUGUUGAUAGAUGGACGUUUAAUCAUUACGCUGUGGUCCGGUGCAUUGGAGGGAGACUCAGUGUAUCCACAUGUUGCUCCUGGUCCAUGAUAAGAUUGAAUGCAUGCUGAGGUACCACUGGGAAAAGAUCUGGCUUCCCUGGGCUGAGCUGAUGGACUGAGAACAAACGGAAACAUGAACCCAUUUGAAACAACUUGAGACUGAAUGUGUUGCUAACGGCCAGCCUGGAUAUUCAUUCUGUUUUAGCAUACCAAUAAAGUUCAGUCUUUUAUGGUUAUGUU